AUGGACAAAGAUACCCCUCUCUACAAGGGUCCCACUGCGCCUCAUUCAAUUGUGACGGUGGAUGGCGAGCUCCAUCGCUUUUACCGCCGGUUGCUUGCGAAGGGAUUUUCAGAUGCUGCGUUGAGAGAGCAGGAGCCAGUGAUCCAACGUAACAUCAAUCUACUGGUAGAGAAGCUGCAUAAGGAGGUCGCAGCAGGGAAGACACCCGAAAUGACGGCUUGGUUCAACUAUGCGACGUUCGACCUGAUCGGGGAGCUUGCUUUCGGCGAGACCUACGGCUGCCUCGAGAACUCUCACUACCACCCCUGGGUGGAAAUGAUUCUCGAGGUGAUGAAGCUCCGUGCGAUGACGCAUGCUGUCGGGUACUAUCCCUGGAUAUUCCACAUCCUGAUGUGGUUCGUUCCCAAGUCCUUGCGCGAGAAAUUUGUCACACACCGGAGGUACACCCAUGACAAGGUACAGCGUCGGAUGGACCAAAAGAUCCACUACAAGGAUCUGACAACCAACCUGGUCGAUCCACAGAACGGUCUCGAACGGUACGAGAUAGACGGAAAUUGCUCCACCCUCAUCAUCGCCGGCAGCGAGACGACAGCAACAGCUCUUAGCGCCACGCUAUACUUCCUGACGCAGAACGAAAAUGCCAAGCGCAAAGUCAUCGGCGAAAUCCGAACCACCUUCAACAACGCUGGGGACAUUAACUCGAUCAGUGUGAAUCAACUGAAGUACCUGAGCGCUUGCAUGAACGAGGCACUACGGAUCUUCCCCCCCGGUCCCGCCGUCUUUCCGCGCCGGGUCCCUCAGGGUGGUGAUUUCAUUGAUGGGCAUUGGAUCCCUGGUGGUACUCAAGUGGGCAUUGCGCACUACUGCAUCAAUCGCAGCCGCCGAAACUUUGUCGAUCCGGACAAAUUCAUCCCUGAACGAUGGCUCGGGGAUCCCACGUACCAGACCGACGAUCGCCACGCUGUGCAGCCCUUCAGCUACGGUCCUCGAAAUUGCAUCGCUCAUAACCUCGCCCGGUUGGAGAUGCGUCUGGUCUUGGCUCGGCUGAUCUGGGAGUUUGAUUGGGAGCUAGCCCCUGGAUCAGAGCGGUGGGAAGAAGAGGCGUUGGUCUUCAAUGUCUGGAGUACAAAGCCAUUGAUGAUCAAAUUUACUCCAGUCGCACGCUGA